AGCUCUUGCGCACGGGCACGGACUCGCCACGGUCACCACUCUCGCAUGCUCGCCGCCGCCGCCGCCGCGCUGCCCUCCUCUGCUCUCUUGUCUUGUCUGCUCUGCUCUGCUCAGAACUAAACGACACCAGGCGCUCCGUGGCGCCCACGAAACCUCAUCGGCGUCAUCCUCCUCCUCCUCCUCAUCCCCGUCGGUCCAGGAUAACCAUGAUCCACCACCAUCUCUGACUCAUCCCUGCCUCCUCAGUGCCUCUGCCGUGUAGGACUGGAGUGGAGUGCCGUCUCCAAAUCAUCACAUUUCCCCAAUAAUUUAAUCUCCACCGCCGUCGCCGCCGUCAACUAAACCCACGCCGACGGCCGACCAACCAUGGCGUCCUCGCUGCUCUCCUCCCCCGCUAAACCUUUCUGCUCCACCACCAAAACGACCCCCGCACCAAAAGCCACCCGCUUUCCAUCCCCAAGAUUCCUCUCCUCCGCCCAUGUCCUCUCCGCCGCGCGCCGCCUCCGUGCGGUCUCCGCCCGAGCGUCGCAGCAGCAGCCUCCGCCGCCGCGGGGGCAGCAGCAGCGGCGGCCGGAGUACGUCCCGAACCGCAUCGACGACCCAAACUACGUGCGAAUCUUCGACACCACGCUGCGCGACGGGGAGCAGUCCCCGGGCGCCACGAUGACGAGCGCGCAGAAGCUCGUCGUCGCGCGCCAGCUGGCCCGCCUCGGCGUCGACAUCAUCGAGGCCGGGUUCCCGGCUUCCUCCCCCGACGACCUCGACGCCGUGCGCUCCAUCGCCAUCGAGGUCGGCAACCCCGCACCCGCCGGGGACGACGGUGGCGCCGACGCCACGCACGUGCCGGUCAUCUGUGGCCUCUCGCGGUGCAACAGGAAGGACAUCGACGCGGCGUGGGAGGCCGUGCGCCACGCGCGACGGCCCCGGAUCCACACCUUCAUCGCCACCAGCGACAUCCACAUGCAGCAUAAGCUCAGGAAGACCCCCGAGCAGGUGGCGGCCAUUGCCAGGGACAUGGUGGCCUACGCCCGCAGCCUCGGAUGCACUGACGUCGAGUUCAGCCCCGAGGACGCCGGCAGGUCAAAUAGAGAGUUCUUGUAUCAUAUUCUAGGGGAAGUCAUAAAAGCUGGAGCUACAACUCUCAAUAUCCCGGACACUGUCGGAUACAAUCUUCCUUAUGAAUUUGGGAAGUUAAUUGCUGAUAUAAAGGCAAACACUCCUGGAAUUGAAAAUGCUAUCAUUUCAACUCAUUGCCAGAAUGACCUUGGUCUUGCGACUGCCAACACUUUAGCGGGCGCUCGUGCAGGGGCACGACAAUUAGAGGUUACUAUUAAUGGUAUUGGUGAAAGAGCUGGAAAUGCUUCUUUGGAGGAGGUUGUCAUGGCAAUUAAAUGCCGCAGAGAACUGUUAAAUGGUCUCUAUACUGGAAUCGAUUCUCGGCAUAUCACUUUGACGAGCAAAAUGGUACAAGAGCAUAGUGGACUGAUCGUACAACCACAUAAAGCUAUUGUUGGUGCCAAUGCAUUUGCUCAUGAAAGUGGAAUUCAUCAGGAUGGCAUGCUUAAAAACAAAGGAACUUAUGAAAUUAUAUCGCCUGAUGAUAUUGGUUUGACACGUGCAAACGAAUUUGGUAUUGUUCUUGGGAAACUCAGUGGAAGGCAUGCUGUGAGAUCUAAGCUAGUGGAGCUUGGAUAUGAAAUCGGUGACAAGGAAUUUGAGGACUUCUUUAAACGCUACAAAGAGGUUGCAGAGAAGAAAAAGCGUGUAACUGAUGAAGACUUAGAAGCGUUAUUGUCAGAUGAGAUAUUCCAGCCUAAGCUUAUUUGGUCCCUUGCUGAUGUACAGGCAACAUGCGGUACACUUAGUUUAUCUACGGCAACGGUGAAAUUGAUAGGACCAGAUGGAGAGGAGAGAAUAGCAUGUUCAGUCGGAACAGGUCCAGUCGAUGCAGCUUACAAGGCUGUUGACCAAAUAAUCCAGAUUCCAACCGUUCUACGAGAAUAUAGCAUGACAUCAGUCACAGAAGGCAUUGACGCAAUUGCAACAACUCGAGUUGUUGUCACUGGAGAUGUGAGCAUCAACGCCAAACAUGCCUUGACUGGCCGCUCUUUCAACCGCUCCUUCAGUGGGAGCGGGGCAUCCAUGGACAUUGUGGUGUCCAGCGUCAGAGCUUACCUGAGCGCCCUGAACAAGAUUUGCAGUUUUGCUGGCGCCGUGAAAGCCAGCAGCGAGGUACCUGAGAUCGCAAGCGUUCCGAGCACAGAAUGAGCUUGGUGGCGUUCCUUUUGUUCAAGAUUUCUGGAAGGAUCAGCCCUUCAGCUUAGGACAGGCUUGUCUUGGGCCUAUGUAGUGUACAAUUUCUGUAUCUCAUAUACCAUACUCGUGGCCAGUUUGUAUAUCAUAUAUAAACCAUACAAUCUGUAUUUGGAGGUACUUGCCAUUUAGAACUCUGUGGCCAAAGAAAGAUGAGGUCAUUUAGAAUGAUUCAUUCUUUUAGCCUGUAAACAUUAUACAUUGAAAACCUGAGCAGUGAAUAAAGGAUGCCCAAGAUUGAAACUGUGAUCCA